UACAGACGCUGUCUUCUUUCAACGUGGCUGCGUGAGGAUCGUUGGAUCGUUUCAACGGACAGAUUUGCGCGAUGACGAGCGCUCUCGGGAGGAUAGGAGUUCGGAGGAUAAGAUCCGCUUCGUUGGAAAUCUCAGCCCAACGAUUUCUGGUAACUUGAUUAACAUGUAUGGAUUUGCUCUGCCUCUAACUGGAAACAAUUUCCUUUACCGGGCUAAACUGUGUUUUAGAUCCAUCGGACCUUCCUUGCUCCUGCAAAACCUAGCUAAUUCUUCCUUACCCAAUAGUGCAUUCGGUCGUCGACGUGAUUUUAAUCCCGUCCUAUUCCAGUCGGAAUCCGUUUUUCCUUCCUGCUGGAACUAUAAGCAUACAAGAGGUAGCAUCAUUCUUCUGAAAGCCAGCCGUCGGGAGUCUCCUUACGAAGUUUUGGGCGUAUCUCCAUCAGCUACAGCAGAUGAGAUCAAAAGGGCAUACAGAAAGCUUGCUCUUAAGUAUCAUCCUGAUGUCAAUAAAGAGGACAAGGCGCAGGAGAAGUUUAUGAGGAUAAAACACGCAUACAAUACAUUGAUAAAUUCUACUUCGCGUAGAAAAUUUGAUUCUGGAAAUGGUGGUUCCGAUUCUUAUUAUUCCUCUCAGAGAAGCCAAAGUGGUGAUGCAAAAGUAGAAGAAGAAUUUUAUGGAUUAGGUAAUUUUUUGAGGGAUGUUCAAAUAACAAUAGGGGAGUUUUUCAAAGAUGUUCAAGAAGAAUUCAGGAACUGGGAAGCAAACUCUACUUCACAAGGAAAGCCGAAAAGCCUAUGGGAGGAAUUGGCGGAAAUAGGAGAAGAAUUUGUGGAGUUUCUGGAGAAAGAACUUGAUAUAGUUGAUCCGGAAGUUGAUUCGGGUGAUAAUUAUCAAAAGCCUCGGGGAGGAAAUCCUUCUCGUACUUCUGCUGGCAGUGGCCCUCAAGAUGAAAGUGGCAAGGGGAACAGCAGCAUCAAGGAUAACCUUGAUGAAAUAGAAGCUACUCUUGCUCAGUUAAAAAAGGAAUUAGGUUUGUAGCCGAGAUAAGUUUACUUUUAUUGCUGGUUGACUCCAUGAUGUAGGAUAUUCAAUUAUUAGAUAUAAAUUUCACAGGAAUAAAAAACAAAUGUUUUUACAUAAAACAAAGCUAUAUCCUACAUUAUCCCCAGUCCAUGGGAUGCAA